AUGGAUAUCCUACAGCUCGCCUUCGACCACAUUCUCAACAGUUUCCCUCCCUUGCCCAUACUUAUAUAUUACCCGUCUAUCCAGGACAUGGCCCCCGAACGCACAAAAUUCUGCGAUCUGUGCAAACAAGACCUCAAACCACGUGGGUGGUCCACUCAUUGCAAGGCCUGUGAGAAGAAGGCUGAGAAACAGCGUCAGAAUCAGCUUGUUGCGGAAUCCAUUCGAAGGGAAGAUUUAGAGGCAGAAGCAGGUAUAUUCCGGGUUGACGACAUUAGGUGUGAGUAUCAUCCAAGCAGUGGGAUCCCACCUGAGGUCCACGCUUUUGAGGACUUCAAAUGGUGUCCAACCCCACUGGCAUCUAUCCCGCCUAACCAGCACCCCUGGGCGCCAUUCAAGUCGCGACUAGAGUUUGAACUUGCUGAACUUGCCCUGGAGGCUUGUUUGAACAACGAGCAGACUGAUCAGCUCAUACGACUUUGCAACCGGUGCACUUCCCGACAGGAGAAGUUCACAUUCCGGACCCACAAGGACAUUCACGACAGGUGGGAGACUGCUUCCCAUCGCCUUACGGGGUUUACUCAAGACAUGAUUUCAGUACCGUAUGACGGUACCAUACGAGAGUUUGAUCUACACUAUCGCAAUCUCUGGGAGUGGGCUACUGAUCUCCUUCGUGAUCCUCAGCUCUUUCCGCACAUGGUAUUUGAUGCGCAGCGCUUCUCAAAGUUUGAUGGCGAGACAUUUGUAAACUUUGUAGAUGAACCUUACACGGCUGAAGCUUUUUGGAAUGUUCAAUCUCAGCUACCAGAGGGCGCCAAACCUCUGGCGUUUAUUCUGUAUGCGGACAAGACGAAGUUGUCCUCAUUUGGUACCGCAAGAGGUUACCCUGUUGUUGCACGCCUUGCGAACCUUCCCACCGACAUUCGCAAUGGUCAAGGUAUGGGUGGUGGCUACGUUGUUGGGUGGCUUCCUAUUGUGAAGGAGGAGAAGGAUCACGCUGGCAAGCCAAGCUGGGUCAAUUUCAAGAACGCUGUUUGGCACGAGGCGUUCUUGAAGAUUCUCUCUCCGCUAGCAUCAAAAUCUAGUACAGGUCAAUGGUUUGAAUGUCUUGACAGCAUCCAACACUGGUUCUUUCCUUCGAUAUUAAUCUUGUCGGCCGAUUACGAGGAACAAUGUGUUAUGUCGCUCACUCGAGGGAUCAAGUCCCUGUGGCCAUGCCCAGUUUGUCUCGUUCCCCAUGACGACCUUUUGGAUACUUUGAAGGCCUAUCCUCGUCGAACAUCCGAUCAGUCACAGAACGUCUUGCAGGUUGCGCGGGGCAAGCAGACCGCUGAAGAGAGAGAUGAUAUGCUCAAACAAUAUGGACUUCGUGAUGUCCAGAACGCUUUUUGGAUCGUUGCGCUUACUUGUGUACAUUACGCACUCUCGUGGGAUAGGCUCCAUUUCAAUGGUGGCCUGUACCGCGAUCAUUUGUGGGCCGAACUGCAGAGAAUAAUCAUUAGUCUUGGGAGAGCAAGUGUAGCACAGAUGGACCACAACUACGAGGCGUUUCCACGGUGGCGCAAUCUCAAACAUCUAUCGCAAGUCAUGAGCAUUUCCUUUGCGGAUAGUAGCGUGUAUGAAGACAUUUCGAAGAUGGUGAUCUAUGCUGCACAUACCAUUGUGACUGAGGACGAGUGUCCAAUCGGCUACCUCUUACUUCGUUGUAUUCGACUCUUUCUUGAAGUCGAUUUAUAUGCAGCACUCGAGGUUCACACAGCUGAUACUAUCCGUGCAGGCCGACACGCAGUUCAAGCGUUCUCAACCUAUCUCCAGCAAUAUAUAACUAAAACAGCCGACACGAGCGACAAGAACUGGAACUUCCCCAAAUUGCACAUGAGUGUGCAUAUCUUUGACAACAUCGAAGCUAAAGGAGCUACACGUAACUACAACACGAAGCCAAACGAGAAGAUGCACGGGUCGCUGAAAGAUUCGUAUCAAAUGCGCACCAACUUCAGGAAUGUGGCGCCGCAGAUUCUUCGCAUCAAUCAUUGGCAAGUGGUCGCCGAGAGCAUUUGCCGGAACAUAUCCGACUUCGAUGAGUAUCAGUCACGCGAUGUCGACAAUGUGCUGGACGAAGACAAUUCCGUGGUGGAUGAUUUGGUCGUCUCGAACGACUCGCCUCAUGUAAAGCUUGGAUCCAGACAAGCUCCACAGACUUUUGAAUCUGUCGAGAACACUCACAGACAUGACAGCGCAUUUACUAACUUUCGUAUCAGGCUCAAUGAUUUCUUAACUAACUUUUUACCAGCCAUUCAAGUCCCUCUACCAGGCGGAAAGCAGGUCCAGCUCAAAGCAAAUGGCAAGAUUACCGGGUGCCGUUUCUUAAAGGUUAACUAUGAGUCAUUGGUAGAUUGGCGCCAACAUACCGAUUUCCUUCGUUGUAAUCCCAAGUUCUUUGGUACUCUGCGCUUCGACUGUGUGUUCGUCCAGACAACCGACAAGAUCAUCUUUGGUCGCCUGCUCUUUGUUUUUGAAUGUACACUGGAAGAUACAGCCCUCUCCCUUGCCCUUAUUCACCCAUUUGAUGCUCCCACUGGUGUUCGCAUCCGAAAAGACAAGCAUCUCUCCAUCUUUCGUGCUGAAUUUUUUUCAGUAAGGUCGAUCAUCCGCGGAGCUUUCCUAGUGCCGGAUGGUAGCAAUGAUUACAUUGUUGUCGAUACUGUUGACACCGACAUGUUCCUUCGUGUGAAGGCGCUGCAUCUUGAGGCAGGGCACCUUGUACGUGUUUGA